AUGUCUAGACUAUAUCCACUUUUAAUAACAAUUACUAUUGUCGCAUCUUCGACAAUUACAUUAAAUAAUCCCAUUCAGGUUGAUUAUCACAAAGAAAAAUUAAAUCAAUAUUUCAUAGAUCAUAAUAGUUAAAUAUGGUUUGAAUUUGUAAAGUCAAUAGAAAUACUUAACCCAAAAACUACUAUUUGUUAAGUGAUGCCAUAUUAAUUUGAAAAAAUCAAUCCAAUCUCCAUUUAAUUUGAUAAUAUUACCUCAUCUUUAUUUGAUAAUGAAUAAAAAACUCUAUUUGUAUUAGAGUAGAAGUAGCUUACUGUGAUUGAGAUUACUUUUACAAACUUUUCAUUGAGCACAUAUCACUAUAGGAUAGGUGAAACUAAUUAUAUAAAUAAAAUUGAAAUGACUUCCCACCAGAUUUCUAAUGGAAUAGAUUUAGCAUAAAUAGAGGAUAAUUUUAUUUUAAUUUUAGAUGAUUAGUAAAAACUUAUUCUUUUUGAUAAAGUUACUAAGAAUUUUGAAGAUAUUUAAUCAUUUUAAUCUUAACCUAUUUGGAUUACAAGUGCUAAUGGGUUUUUAUUUGUGGGAUUUGAAGAUAAAUUGAUUUAAUAUAAAUUAGAUUAAAGAAAAUUAAUAUAAAUAAAACAGCUAGAAUUAAAUUUGGCUAACAGUUCUAUUCUAAAGAUGUAAUAAAGUUCUAUUUUCAUAUCAUUUCCAUUUUAUAAGGUUAUUAAAGUUACAUACAAUUAAAAUGUAUUAUAGGUGGAAGAUUACUUAACUUAGAAUAUGGAAAUCGUGAGCUUGGAAAUAUAAGGCCAAAAUAUUUCAUAUUUAACAAAAGAUUAUGUGUAUUUAAAUUCUGGAAAAAAAUUAUUUGAGUAAUAUGAUAAACUGUUUCAAUUCGUUGACUUAGUAAUUUUGAUUUCAAAUAAAGGAAUCAUUAAAGUGAUAUCUGAAUUUAUUGAUGAAUUAUCAACUCCCCUGUACAUUAAACAUUAGAAUGUCAGUAAUGUACAUAUAAUGAACAACUUUGGAAUUAAUUAUCACCUAAUUACAGAGUCCCAAAAUCUCAUUAUGAUCAAUGAAAUCUCUCUUACUGAAUCUUUUAUUUAAUGUGAUGAUAGAAUAGGAGAUAAUUAAGAAGCUGUAUCUUUUAUUGCAUUAGCAGACGGUUGCCAAGAUAGAAGGACUAUAUCUUAGCCAUCAAGCUGUAAAAUUUAAGGAAAAAUUCAAUUUAACUAUAUUUCUACUAUAUAUUCGAAGUAUUCAGAUCUAAUUUAUUUGAUGAUUAUACUACUAAUUUCAGCUUCUUUCUUGAUUUUAUUAGCCAUUUUUUAUACUAGAAAGUACCAGAAAGAGGCAGAACAAUAUAAUAUAGUAAAUUAAUAAGACAUUCUAAAAGUGGACCAAUCAAAAGAUUAAAUAAAUUAAGAAUUUUGA